GGAAAAAUUCAUCUUCGGUCGGUAAAAGGUUCUCUGUGAUGAUCAAGGUUAUCGAUUUGAAUGUGGUACAUAUAUAUAUUCUACAUUUACACGUUUAAGACGUAUAUACAAAAUUGCUCUCUAUACAUAUAUACUGGUCUUUUGAACACAAUUGAAAAUGCUGAGCGAGUGAGCGCUUGCUUAAAUCGAUAAACACUAAACACAAUGUUUCCCUCGACUUGUGAAAAUGUCGUCGUCGUCGUCGGCAGCUAUCAACUAUCAAAUAGUUUUAUUGGAAAUAUUAAAUUUGAAUCAAAACUUGACGCGCAAUUAUUAGAAAAUAUUCAAUUAUCAAGUGAAAAUAUUCUCUUUUGUCAAUUUGUUUGCAAUUCAUUCGUCUAAAUUCGACGAGAAAAAAAAAAAAAAAAUUCUACGAAUCAACAAGAAAAAAGUGUCUAUUUUUUAAGCGCAAAAAUCAAAAAAAAAAAAUUCACUUUUUUAAUUAAAAAAAAAAAAUUCAAUGACGCAAAAAUAUAAAAAGGAAAAAUAGAGAAAAAGUGGAAUAAUUUCUCAGAUCGUACAAAUACACACACACACACACGUAUAUAUAUGUAUAUAUAUAUACAUGUAAUUUUCUAGAAAGCGGAAUUUUUUUUUUAUAAUUUUUGCGUUAAAUUACAAAACUAAAGAGGAAAAUUUAAUCGAGUUUUUGAACAUUGGGAAAUUGGGAAUUAACAUUUCAAAUUAACCAGAUUCUCCUCGUUUACUGAUAAAUAUUUUUAAAUUUUUAUAAGAAAUAUCAAUGGAUUAUUUAAAAAAAAAAAAAACAGGAUUUUGUUUCUUCAAACUAUUAUUAUCAGUAAAAAAAAAUGGAAUUAAUAUUUUUAAAACUGAAAUUAUUUCAAUGGGGCAAAAUUUCGUUUAUAUAUCUUUGAGAACACGAUUAUAUGAUUUGUGGCAGUAAUGCCCUCGUCAGAGGAAAGCCAAUGGCUUGUAUCCUCCUUGAAAGGCAACGCACCGCCUUCAGGAGUUGGGGAACGAUCUUUGACAACUAGGAUUGGAUUAUUAUAUACAGAAGAAAUGACAACACAAACAUCUAAAGCUGCUGAUACGGAUAUUAGUACAACAUCAGCCGAUCCAGCUGAACAUGAUCUUAUUGAUUCUACCGCUGCACAAUUUCAUGAAGAAGCCAUAAAACAGGUUGGCGUUGGUUAUUUUCAGUUUCUGGUGACAUUCUUCGCAGGUUUAAGUCUCGCAGCCGAUACUAUCGAAUUUUUCGUUGUUCCUUAUAUUCUUCCAAGUGCAGAAGUCGAAUUGUGUAUUGAAGACAGUGAAAAAGGAUGGCUAGCGAAUAUCACACUUUUGGGACUUGCUUUGGGAGGACUUUGUUGGGGAGGAUUGGGCGAUCGACUUGGAAGAUGGAGAACUUUGAUAUCAGCAAUGUUGGUUCACGUAAUAUUCAGCGCUGUUGCUACGUUUAUGCCAACUUAUGGCACCUUCAUGACUGCUAGACUCUGCUCUGCUGUUGGUGUUGGCGGAGCUUUGCCGUUGACAUUCACAUAUUUGGCGGAAUGUUGUCCAAGAUCAAGACGAGGACGAUGGGUUGCGGCUCUUGUUUGCGUGGGAGCAAUUGGCGGUGUUUACACUGCUUUAAUUGCCAUGGCUAUAUUGCCAACAACUGGAGAUAUGAUUGUCUUGGAAAAUAAGGAACAUUUUAGCGCGUGGCAUCGUUUUCUCUUGCUUUGCUGCUUACCUGCACUUGGCUCUACAAUUGGCCUUGUAUUUUUACCGGAAAGUCCACGAUAUCUCAUUGAAGCUGGUCGCGAUGUUGAGGCUAUGAUGGUGUACCAGAGGAUAUAUAAGAAAAAUGACUCAAAGAAGGCAGCAGCGGAAGCUGAAUAUCAACUUUCGGAAUUGGAACUUCCGAAUAAAAGACCGUGUCCCUUGGCUCCACCAUCACCCUCGGAUCAUUCAAGUGUUCUGGGUGAUAUCCUCUACUCAAUCGGAAUGUUCUGGAAUUCGUUUCUUGAACUCUUUUCAUCGCAACAUUUGCGGGCAACUGUUGUACUUCUAGUCAUUUGGUCUGCUUCAGCGUUUGGAUUAUAUGGAUUAAUGGUUUGGUGUCCGGAAUAUGUGAAAUUAUUGCGAGCAAUCGAGUACAAAACUCACACCGAAGUAUUCAAAGACCAAGAACUCACGAACAAAACAUUCACAGGUUCCUUGGAAAAUCGACAAUAUAAGGAUUCAAAAUUUUUUAAUUGCAAAUUUAAUAAAAUGAUAUUUAGUCACGUUGAUUUUGAUAAUUGCACUUUCCAAGCUGUGGAAUUCAGUAGCAUCAAGUCUAGCAAAACACAUUUUAUAGACAGUAUUAUCGAAAAUUCCAAAUUUUUGGACACAGAUCUAUCAGCUCAGGUAUUUGUUAGAUGCAAAUUUGAAAAUAACACGGAAUUAAGUAUAAGUAAUCCAUGUCCAACGAUGGAUUUGGAUUAUAAUAUUUACAUUGAGGAGGUAAUUUAUGGUCAUCUUGUUGGACAAAUAAUGAUCGUUUUAUCGGCAGCAUUCACUGGAUUUGCACUCACUAAUUUACGGAGACCAAAGAUAAUUGGUAUCUCUUUAUUCUUUUCUUCCAUCGUUGCACUUUGCUUGGUUUUUACGGAUACAAGUAGAACUGCUGUUCUCAGCUUUGAAGGUGCUUUUCUCGCAGUUUUUGCAAUAGCUUGGACGUCAUUGAUUCUUGCUACUGUUGAAAGUUAUCCCGUACAUAUAAGAUGUACUGGAUUUGGUUUAAUAGCAGCUGCAAUACGCAUAUCCGGCUUGAUUGGUACAAUGACGUUCCAAUCGCUUGUAGGUUCACCGCUCAUUGUUCCGGCAAUAUUGACAACGGUGGCUUUAUUCUUGGCGAGUAUCGCCACCUUUCAAUUGCCACUAACUGACUCAGUCUUCUUAUAAAUACACACAUAAAAUAUAUAUACACACAUAUAUAUUAAAAAAAAGAGGAAAAUCCCACAAACAUCUUGAAAUGAACAAUGCCAAGAGAGCAGAGGAAAUUCCUUGUUUGUUAUGCUCAAUUACAAAAAAAUGUCGAAGGUAAAAUUGUUUUUUCAUACAUAUACAUACAUACAAGAAUUUACUGAUACCGAAAGUCAAAGUCAAAGUUAAUCUAAAAGAUUAACGCGCAUAAAAAGGGAUAGAAAAAAAUUCCCUUUUUUUCCAUUUCGCAUAUAUGUAGAAGACAAAAAAAAAAAAAAAAAAAAAAAAGAGGCAGAAAAAUCUAGAAAUGUUUCGAAAAUACAGAACAAUAGAAUUGUCGGAAAGUUCAUUAAGCGCACAGAGAUUGUUCUCGUAUAUAGUCUACAAAUUGUCAAAGAGAGUGAUCAAAUUUUAUAUUAAAAAAAAAAGAAAAAAAAGGAAAAAAAAAGAAAAUACUGUUGAUGUUAAGUAAAACUAGUCAUUGAACUCGCGUUUAUAGAAAAAAAAAAAAUUUUUUAAUUUCUCAAACACCAGUUUGAUGAUCUAGUUUCUAUAUUAUAGUAAUGUUGGGGGAAGAAAAAAAAGUAGGAAUUCAAUUUUUACUCUAACUACUUGUGAGGGAGAAAACAAAAAAAUUAGCUGAAGGGAAAAAAAAUAUCUUAAAAAGAAGCAAUAUCUGGGAUUUAUUACUAUUACUACAAUCCCUCGACAGAGCAAAACAUAAAGAGGCUAAAAAAAGAGAUUUACAAAAUACACUAUAUAUAAUCAUAUAUAUAUAUAUUUUAGUAAUUGAGAUUAGUUCGAAAAAAAAUGUGUAAAUUUUUUUUGAAAAAUUUGCACAACUCGAGAAUUCAAAUUCUCAAUAAUAAUAAUAAUAUUCGAUCGGUCAAUUCUAUAAAUAACUCAAUUAACGAGAGUCGUUUUUUUUUUUUACGAAUUAAUUUUUUUUCUCGCUCACUCUCUCGUCUUUUAUUUAUAAAAAAAAAUUCAAAUAACAUUAAGAUUUCAUAAAUUAGUAAAGAAGAAUAGACUGGCGUAGAUAUUGAGACAUAUCCGAUAAAAAAAAAAAAAAAUUCCUUCUUUGUCGGUGAUUAUUCAUAUCUCAUUAUAGUUGUUUUUCCCUAAAUAUUCUAGCUUGUAUACAUACUAUAUAUAUAUAAAAAUAUAUAUAUAUAUAAAGAGCACUAACGCAGCAAAAUUGAAAAUUAAAAUAGUUUGCUCUUUUUUGACGAGUCAAGUAUUUUAUUAUUUAAAAAAAAAUGAAUUUUGCAUCAAAAUUCGAUUCAAUAGAAUCGAAUUUUUAUAAUUUGCAAAAUUAAUCUGUCUUUGCGAAUUUUUUUUUUAUAUUUCUUUCGAAAGAAACAAUUUUUUUUUUGUAUACGAAUCUUACAAUCAUAAUAUCGCGAUUCAUUGAAAAAAAAGAGAUUCUCCUUUGAAUAUAAUAUAAAUAUUCGAGAAUUGUAAAUUAAUAAAAUUAGUGUAAUUUUAUUAUUACACUGCCAAGAAUAUUCUCAAGCACUGAUAGGUAGAAACUUGGACUUUGAUAAAUAAUAUUUCACAUAUAAAUAGUAUGUAAAUCACAUUUUUCAAAUCUUAACAAUCAAUAUGCUAAAAGAUUUUUUAACGUAAUCAUAAGAGUAUAUAAUAAUAUGAAUAUUAUCAUCAAAGCUCAUUUUAAAACAAUAUCAAAUAUAAUGAAAGAUUUUUAACGAAUUUUUUUUUUUUAAAAAGAUGUAAUAAUUUUAUUUUUACAAUUUUAUAAAUUCAGAAUUGAAUUUUUUUUUAAUAACAAUUUUUAUCGAAAACAAAUUAUUUUUUCAUUUUUUUUUUUUCCCAAAAAAAUAAAAAACAAAUUUUACGAAUUUUUAAUUAUUUAUGUUCAUUAAAAAAAAUUUUCCUAAAUAAUUAAAUUUUUAAACACAAAAAACAUUUAUUUAAAUUUUAAUGAAUACCGAAAGAAAGAAAACAGUAUUUUUGUACACAUUGCAUGAAAGUACAAAUAAUUUUCAUACUUAAACUGUCGAACUGAUAACUAAAAAAAAUAUAUCAAAUUGUCGCUAAAUUGAGCGAUACUUAAAGAAACGUGUUUUUAACUAAUCUCAUGUAGAUAUAAGAAAAAAUUUUCGAAAAAUAAUUUUAAUAAUUAGAAAUUGAAAAUAAUUGAAAACCUAGAAAAAUAAAUUAAAUUUUAAUGAUUUUAUAGAAUUAUGAAAACAAAAAUUUAUUUUAUAAAAAGUUAUUUAAACAUUUUAUUUGAAUUGAUCAAUUUUUCUAAAUAGCAAAAAAAAAUUUAUUUACUGAAAUUUACGAAAACUAAAAAAAACACACACACACAAACAAAAUAUAAAAAUUGAAGUAAUUUUUAAAUAAUAAAAAUUUAAAUUAUAUUUUUUUGUUAAAUAAAAAUUUUAUGUUUCCAAAAGUUUCAAAAAUAUUGUAAAAUAAUUUUUUAAAUCUAUUUUAAUAUAUUUUUUUUUACUUAAAUAAAAAUUAAUUUUUGUUUCAACAACUUCGGAAAAUAUUGUGAAAUAAUUUUUUAAUCUAUUAUAAUGUAAAUUUUUAACAUUUUUUUUAAAAAAAUUAAAAAUUUAAAAAAUUUUUAUAAUUCAAAGUGAUUUAUAAAAAAUCAAAUUAUUAAAAACAUCUGAUACUUUUUUUUAUAACAAAAAAAAAAAAAAUACCAGUUUCUACCUUUAGGUUGCUUUUGAUAAGACACUUGGUUUUUGUUGAAUCUUGCUUGUGCUCGUCUCAUGGAUCUAUAAAUAUUAGAGAGAAUAUGAAAAAAAACUCCUCCCUUUUUUUAAUGAAAAAAAAAAAAAAUAAACAAAUUAUUUUUCUACAGACUAGCAAUAAUUGCACACAUUGUGAUUAAUUAAUGACUAAUGUUGAAAAUAGGAGAGUUAAACAAUAUAUACGUAUAUAUAUAAUCUUCUCAUAUUAUUUAUAUAUAAAUAUAUAUAGUUGAUUACUGAACUUGUUACUAGCACAAGCAUUUCUGUAUUAUAAUAGUCUGUUCCUAUACAUAGGUAUAUUAAAAAAAAUAUAUAGAAAAAAAAAAAAAAAAAA